AUGCUGAAUUGCAUCCGUUUCGAAGCCCUGCUGAACACAGAUGGUGACCCUGACUGCCCUUGGCCAACCCAGGACCCUUACCGGCGUUAUGGCGCAGAACACUUCGCCAAGGAUGGAGCCAUCAUCUGGUUCGAGCCUCUUCCGCCCAUGCUUCCAAUCCUGGAUUCCAAUCCGAAGCUGCCGCCAUCCAAGAUGCCGGAUGCUUACUCGCUGGUUCUGGACCUUGAUGAGACCUUGGUCCACUACUCGGAACACGACGGCAUGGGCAGCUAUGAGAUCAGGCCUGGGAUGCAAGAGUUCCUUCAACGAAUGCACGCUAAUGGCUAUGAGCUGAUCAUCUUCACAGCUGCCACACAGGACUAUGCCGAUUGGGUCAUUGAUCAGAUUGACCCAGAUCGCUUAAUUCAUCAUCGCCUCUAUCGGCAGCAUGCGCUGCCUUGGGGUCCGAUCUUCGUGAAAGACCUCAGCCGCAUGGGCCGUGAUCUGGACCGGACGUCCUCCGACGUCUCGGGGGGGGUGGUGGUGGAAGACCCGUGGCGACGUGGAGGACGCGGUUUCGGUGGGAAGGGAACAGGGGCAGGGGUGUGCAGAUUGAUGGGUUUAUUAGAGGGGACGGGGGGCUUUUGGAGUUGGAAGCCUCAAGUGGUGGAUGUGCCAGGAUCACUGAGAAUCAGAAUCAAGGAGAGUUCUAUCACAUUCCACCAGUGCUUUGAGCUAGAAGGCCUCUGUUGA